AAAAAUAAUAAAUUCCUUCUUUUUUUUUUUUUUUUUUUUUUGCUUUUUUUGUUCUUUUACUAUUUCUGUUCCUUUCAUGGAGAUCUUGAACAACAUGUUACCAACCUUUUUGAUGCAGUUGGUGGUGGUGCAGCUUGGUUAAUUCUCAAUUGUGUUCAGCUCAUAGGGAAGGGUUGAAUUGAUUCUCUUCUAGGUAGUUGUUGGUUCUAGCUUCCUUUUUUUAGUUAUAUAAGUACUAUGGUGAAUUGGUGAUGGUGUUGUGUUUUAUGGAUCCCAUUGCUGAGUGAUGUGUGUUUUUUGUGGGGAUGGGGUGCAUUGGCAAGUGGGAGGAAUGUAAAGGGUUUGCGAGAAUUUGAGGGUGGUGAUGGUGGAAAUGAGUUAGGGUUCCAUGUGUGUUUAUGUGAUUGCUGAACACUUUGUCUUCAAAAGGAGGGAAAAGGGUAAAGCUUGAUAUGAAGCUUUCAACAUCAGGGUUGCCUCAGCAGGGACAACAUGAAGGAGGGGAGAAGAAAUGCUUGAAUUCUGAGCUAUGGCAUGCAUGUGCGGGUCCAUUGGUGUCCCUACCAACUGCAGGGACUCGUGUGGUUUACUUCCCUCAGGGUCAUAGUGAGCAGGUUGCUGCCACAACUAACCGAGAAGUUGAUGGCCACAUACCAAAUUACCCGAGCUUGCCGCCCCAAUUGAUUUGCCAACUUCACAAUGUUACGAUGCAUGCAGAUGUUGAAACAGAUGAAGUUUAUGCCCAAAUGACACUGCAGCCGUUGACUCCGCAAGAGCAGAAGGAUACCUUUCUUCCCAUGGAAUUGGGAGUUCCAAGUAAGCAGCCCUCGAAUUAUUUUUGCAAGACCUUAACGGCUAGUGACACCAGCACACAUGGAGGGUUUUCCGUUCCUCGUCGUGCAGCUGAGAAAGUUUUCCCUCCGCUGGAUUUCUCACAGCAACCGCCUGCUCAAGAAUUAAUUGCUAGGGAUCUCCAUGAUGUUGAGUGGAAAUUUCGUCAUAUUUUUAGAGGGCAGCCAAAGAGGCACCUUCUUACUACUGGCUGGAGUGUAUUUGUUAGUGCCAAAAGACUUGUGGCAGGAGAUUCUGUGCUUUUCAUAUGGAACGAAAAGAAUCAGCUUCUUUUGGGAAUACGUCGUGCCAAUAGACCACAAACUGUAAUGCCUUCGUCAGUUCUAUCCAGUGACAGUAUGCAUAUUGGCCUUCUGGCAGCUGCUGCCCAUGCUGCAGCAACUAAUAGUUGUUUCACAGUGUUCUAUAAUCCAAGGGCUAGUCCAUCCGAGUUUGUCAUACCACUUUCAAAGUAUAUCAAAGCUGUAUACCAUACCCGUGUUUCUGUUGGUAUGCGUUUCAGGAUGCUUUUCGAGACUGAAGAAUCAAGUGUCCGGAGGUACAUGGGUACAAUAACUGGAAUAAGUGACUUGGAUCCAGUUCGAUGGCCAAAUUCUCAUUGGCGAUCUGUAAAGGUUGGUUGGGAUGAAUCCACAGCAGGAGAUAGGCAGCCACGAGUAUCAUUAUGGGAAAUUGAGCCUUUAACAACAUUCCCAAUGUAUCCAUCACUAUUCCCACUCAGAUUGAAACGUCCAUGGCAUCCCGGCACCUCAUCUUUUCUUGAUGGCAGAGAUGAUGCAACUAAUGGGCUAAUGUGGCUGAGAGGUGGAGCUGGCGACCAAGGUCUGAAUUCCCUCAAUUUUCAAACUGUCGGCAUGCUGCCAUGGAUGCAGCAGAGGCUUGAUCCGGCUUUGCUUGGAAAUGAUCACAAUCAGCAAUACCAAGCAAUGUUGGCAGCUGGUUUGCAAAACAUGGGGAGUGGAGAACUCUUGAGGCAACAAAUGAUGAAUUUCCAACAGCCUUUCAAUUAUCUCCAGCAACCAGGAAAUGUCAACACUCCUAUCCAGCUUCAGCAGCAGCAAACAAUUCAGCAAUCAGUGACUUCUAAUAUCUUGCAGCAACAAGCCCCGGUAUUGACAGAGAACUUGUCUCAGCAGCUCUUUCAGAAAUCGAACAACCGAGAAGACCAUGCGCAGCAGCAGCAUCAGCAUCAGCAGCACACUUAUCAGGAUGCACUUUUAGUUCAAGGUGACCAGCUCCACCAAAGGCAACACUCUAGCUUGCCUUCACCAUCGUACUCGAAACCUGAGUUUGUAGAUGGCAGCAUGAAGUUUGAAGGAUCAGGUUCGCCAGGACAGAACAUGCUUGGUUCACUUUGCCCUGAAGGGAGCAGCAAUCUCUUGAAUCUAUCUAGAGGUGGUCAGUCUAUACCAACCGAACAGUUGCCCCAACAAUCAUGGCCCCCAAAGUAUACACCUCUUCAGGUCAAUGCUUUCAGCAACUCAAUGUCACACGUGCAAUAUUCUGGAAAAGAUAUUGCAGUGGCAUCACCACAUCGUAAUUCAGAUGCUCAGAACCCGACUCUCUUUGGAGUCAAUAUCGAUUCAUCUGGUCUUCUACUCCCCACCACUGUUCCCCAUUACACAACUUCAUCUGCUGAUACCGAUGCUUCAACAAUGCCGUUAGGGGAUUCUGGAUUCCAGGGCCCUCUAUAUGGUUGCAUGCAAGAUUCAUCCGAGUUAAUGCAAAGUGCGGGACAAGUUGACCCCCAAAACCAGACACCAACAUUUGUCAAGAGAAGAGUUGGCUCAGAUGUUUGGAAUUGAGGGGAAGUUAGAAGACCCUCUUAGAUCAGGCUGGCAGCUUGUAUUCGUCGACAGGGAGAAUGAUAUUCUUCUCCUUGGGGACGAUCCAUGGGAAUCAUUUGUCAACAAUGUUUGGUAUAUCAAAAUACUUUCACCUGAGGAUAUUCAGAAGAUGGGAGAACAAGCCGUAGAGUCUCGUGACGGUGUUCCUGGCCUACCAUCGAUAGGCGAAUACUGAUAUGUUGAAAACUGUAUCCCUUCAAUUCCCAUGGUCAUGACUUUAAGUAUUACAUGUUUGAGCACUACUUUUAGACCAGAACUUGCAUAUCCAGAUAUGUUCUGUAUUAUUUAUCUAUUCCACUUUUAUCGUCCUUAUUACUUGGAGAAUUGGUAAGGUUUUAAGAAUUAUGAUGAGAAACUUAGGAUAAACUAUUUUUGUUUAAUCAAAAGAAUCUUUAGGACAAGCAUUUGUUCUACUAGUUUGUAACUUGUGCACUGAAAGCUAGAAAUGUAGUGUUAUCAGUGUAUUGUACUAUUUGGUUCCACUCUUGCAUGAGCUAAUGUAUUGUAGAAAGUAAUGUAGACAGUGCUGAAAAGUUGUUUCAUGUUUA